GUUUUUUGUUAUUUCGAUCCACACUCUGUUGCGAUCUGUUUUAGUCUAUUCACUAUUUUCCAUUUUUUCUCAUUUACAUGUGACAAUGAAGUCACUAGUAUUUUAUUUUUGGAUAUUAGCAACAUUUCCAGUCUUGAAUGCUCGUGAUAUGUUGGUUCGACGAGCGUGCGAGAUCAAUCCGGAAUUUUCAUUUUGUCGUAGACAUACCACUACUCGCGAAAUCCGCAGUGAAAGUGAGAAGAAGCAUGACAUUUUUCUCAGAUGGGCAUAUGUCUCGGCAAAAGACGCGCAAGACAUUGAAGACGUUGAUGAGCUAGAAACAUCCAGAAAAAAAAUCUACAGUAUACCUGAUUACUGUACAAAAUAUUCAAACAACUUCAGUACUUAUUGUUUGACUGGGAAACUUGCAAGUCUUGAGGGUUUGUUGGCCACUUUUUGUUCUACUUACAUGAAAAAUUGCAACAUCAAGGGGAUAGUCAAAGAAGACAAGUCAACUGCGAAAACUGAAAAAGUAUUCCCAACACCUCGACCAUUCAUCGGAGCGCUCCCUUCAAGUACUUCAUCCCCAAAAGUUAGUUAUUGUGACGGAAACAUGGACCGUUACAAGAAUGAAUGUGAAAAGGAAGGGUUCCAGCCGGAAGUGUUCUGCCGGAAAUUCAAGGAACAAUGUGGGAAACUAGAUACAAUCGACGCGGAUACCACAGAUGAUUUUGGCGAUGAUUCACUUGAAACCCCUGACGAAUUUGAAGAACAUCAAUCUCAAAGGAUAGAGAAAAAAGGAGAAGAAGCGGAAGAAGCGAAACCAGAAGCACAAGGAGUCGGAACUGACGAAGUAACCGCGUACUGCACAAACUACGUGGAGAACUACAAUUUCUAUUGUGUCGGGGACAUGUCUCCAGAACACGAAAAGUUUUGCAAUUCGUACAAGAAAAACUGUCCCGAUCGAGUUUCACUAAAGCAAUCCGGCUCGUUUUUGGGAAAUGAAGGUGGUAAUGAGGAGAGUAGAUCAUCAACAGGGGAAGAUAAAACGUAUUUGUAUAAAGGGUCAAAGAAGGAAUACUGUGAGAAGUUCAGCGUUAACUAUGAAUAUUAUUGCAAAGGCAAUAUUGAAAAUGCGGAAAUCUUCACGAAAUUCUGCCCUUCGUAUAAAAAAGCAUGUGUGCAAGAGCGAGUGCCAGCUAACCCAUUCUCCGCUUCUAAGGGCCAAAUACAAUCAGCAAGUGGAACAUCAGAUUUCCCAGAUUUAGACCAUCCGUCCAUUAGAAAAUCAUCAGCAGCAAGCAGACGUGCUAAAUUGCUGAAAAGAAGACCGUGUUCCGCAGAUUGUGAUGAACGAAUAUUUCCACAUUGUACAAAGGAAUGCAAAUGUGACUACGAUUACCCAGCGGUUCAAAAGUUCUGCAACCCACCUCCAUUGCCUCUAUUUCUAAACACAUGCAGACUUUGGUAUUAUGGAUGCCCGAAAUACGAGAGAUACCAUUAUGCAUCUCAGUUUAUCUAUUCGAAAGCAGAAAAAGGAAAAGUUUUGGAAGGACCAAAGACGUCCACAACAUUCCAACUGUUGGCUCCUUCUGGUGAAACUUUACCGUAUAAACCGGCAUCUGCUCGAAGAUUCAAGAGAGAUUCUGACAUGGUUUUUUGGCCAAAUGAUACUAGUUUAUUUUUAGAAGACAAUAAGAAUGACACUGUCGAUUUUGAAAUGGAAUUGAACCAAACUACAACAAAAAACGUUGAUAAAGUAAUAACUUUGAAGAAUGGAACAACAGUUCAUCUAAUUGCGGCGCCACCACUUCCAAAGCAAACUAAUUCAAGAGAUCAAGUUCUAAAAGAUGCCGAUCAAUCAGCUCCCAAUCUUCCACGCGUGAAAAAAACUACAGGUGGUGCAGCAGUUCCAGUAUUUUCGGACAGUGUGUUCUCCAAUGCAUUAGAUCAAUACAACUCUUUAACCGACUCUCGAGGAAUCCUGCAUCGCCCUCGUAGUAGAUCACCAUUCACUAAACCAGGGCUCUGGGAGCCGAAUCCAGAUGACCCACAUAAUCGCGAUCAUGCUAACAAAUACUAUUAUCACCCGGAAUCCGUGAACGUGGAUUGGCUCCAGGGCCAAAUCGCUUAUGGUGCACAUUGGGCCGUGCCAGCUGCUGGAGUUGGAGGUACUGAUGGGUUUAGUGCUAUUCACUUUCCCUCUAUUGGAACUUUCCUUAAUAUUCCUGAUGAUUAUGAUUAAUUAUUUCUAUUUUUCUACUUUAUUUUGAUUAAUGAAAAGGAAUAUAAAUACUAUUUGCUAUUGA